GUCACACAGGUAGGUUCAGCCCACUGAUUGCGGUAAUUACUUCUUUAUGUGCAAAUAGAUAAGAUAUCCUUUUUGUUGUAAGUUCUACUGCACCGUGCGUAUGUUAGCUAAGUGAGAAUUGUUUGACGUUCAUAUUACAGACACCAAGGUGAAGGUCGCCAUCGAGAGGUUUUUCUGUCUGGUGGCGGAUUGAAGCAAAACCGGCCUCUGAAGACUGAUCGAAGCGUUUCAGUUCGGUAUUAAAGGUAACAACGAACGUGAAGGACUCAACACAACACACACGAUGUCCAAACCACCCAACGAGAUCGUCACGACGUACAAAUUGGUGGUAGUCGGAGACGGGGGCGUCGGCAAGAGCGCUUUAACCAUUCAGUUUUUCCAGAAAAUGUUCGUACAGGACUACGACCCGACGAUAGAAGACUCGUACAUUCAGCACACGGAGAUAGACGGGGAAUGGUGCAUAUUGGACGUGUUGGACACAGCAGGUCAAGAAGAGUUCAGUGCGAUGAGAGAGCAAUACAUGAGGAAAGGAGACGGCUUUCUACUGGUCUACUCUGUGACCGACCGACAGAGCUACGAGAAUAUUAGAAAUUUCCACACACAGAUAUUGAGGGUUAAAGACAGGGAUUCCUACCCCAUGUUGUUAGUAGCCAACAAAGUGGAUCUGGUUCAUCUGAGGAAAGUGCCAGAGGAGCAAGGGAGAGAUCUGGCAAUACAGUUGGGGGUUCAGUAUAUAGAGACUAGUGCUAAAGAUCCUCCUCUCAAUGUAGACGCCGCUUUCCAUGAGGUUGUGAGAGUUAUUAGGAACCAGCCUGUCGAUUACAAUAAGCGGAAAACAAGACGUAAGAAGUCCAAGUGCUCCAUACUGUAAAUUCCAACUUGCUCAAGUAUCAAGCCUCAUCCUUAUCAUCAGUGAAGGAAGGCAACAAUAUUUUCAAUAUUUUCUCUAAUAUUAUUUCCAAAUCAAAAGUGGUAGAUUUUAGAUAGUUGAUAUAUAUUUAUUUUCACUUUCAAUAUUUAUGUGGUAUUCUGACAUAUCGUACGUAGUACAAUCAGUACAUUUGUUGUAACAUGUAAAAAUAGAUUUUAAAGUCGGUGGGUCUUAUUUGGUCCAAUUUUGUCAAAAAUUGUGGGUUGGUGUUCCAGCGUCGUCAACAUUUGGACCAGUGACAACACCUGAUCCACCAAAGGAAUCAAGUUAGAAAAAAAGGUGCAUUUUCAAUUAAAAUACAUCAACUUAAAGCUAUGCUAUACUUUUUUGAAAAUGUCCCAGUAAAUAUUGAUAUUUUUGUUCAGAGAGGGCAGAAAAUGAAUCGUGAUUGGUGUCAAAAUAAGUUUUUUCAGUUAGAAAUGGUUCAAGAUGAUCAUUUUUUUCUUGAGGAAAAUUAGAUUUGACAAAAGUUUGUCCAAAAGGACCUAGUUAAUUCUCCUUAUUGCAGACGGGUCCCAGAUGAAAGUUAUCUUGUUGAUAAUAAUUGAAAUAGUGAAAAACAGUGAAACAAUCAGUAUUAAUAUUAUUAUUAUUGUAAUGAAUAAAUGAAUCAUUGUAUCCAUAGUUACAUUGUUGCCAUGGCAACAUGUCAAGUCAGCAAUUGCCAAAUAUAUGAGUCCCAUUACAAUUCGUGCAUUUUAAGAAUAUUUUGAUGUUUAUGAAAGUAGGGCAUGCUUUCUAAUGUCAGUUUUAAUACAGGCUGUACUGAAGAGGUUCUGAACUAGAUUAAACCAAGUAACGGCCCAGUUCUUAAGACAUUUGUAGCUGCUUUUUGUACCAGGUUAGCUCCCUGAAUACUUUGUUGUUGUAAAAGGGACUUGCUUAUGUUAAUUAUAUUUUGUUUAAUUAUCAUUCAGUUAAUUAAUUUAUUCAACUUUUGUUUAUGCCCAGGUUUACCUUUAAUUAUUUUUUUCGUCUGACAUGAGCAAAAUGUCAACCAACCAAAACCCCACCUUCCAGGGCUGCAGAUUAACUAAGUACAUUUUUUAUUAAUCACGACAGUUGGUGUCAAGAAUAAACCAGAGACAUAUCAGUGAAUAUCUAAGACUGCAUUUCCAUAAACCCAUCAUACUAGCUGGAUCGAUUUAACUCUGCAGGGCUUCUAGCAAGAUUUCUUGAGUAACAAGGGGGUGAUUUACUAUGGGACCAUUCAGAUCGCAGGGGCACAGUAAUUAAAUUUCAGCUGAAUUCAGCCGGUCGAGAUUCCAUGCGUCGUGUGAGAGGUGGAGAGACCGUAACAGUAUUAAGCGGUUUUCCUUUCAUGUAGAUCCGUCAUAUUUAGGAUGCGGCCUUGCUAGCACUCUGCUCUUCUUGAUCUGCAUGGUCCCGAUGGUUAAUUACCCCCUAGCAGCUUGAUUAGGUGUGCCAAGUAUUUAAGGUGUUUACACUGAAUGCAAUUUAGCAGGAAUUCCCACAGUGUUAGAUCAAACCUGCUAGUAUGAUGGGUUUUUGGGAAUGCUACCUAAUGAAAGAUCAAUCUGUAACCCUGGUAGAGGGUACACCUACUAGUCCUUUUUUUUUUUUUUUUUUUGUAUUGUUACUGCUAGCUGUAAGGUGCAGACUGUGUUGUCAUUGUGAAUUAAGCCUAUACUAUCUGAGUAUCAAGAUGUUUUGUUGUACAAUAACAUUUAUACACAGAUAUUUCGGUAUCAAAUAUUCAGUGUAAGAUAUUAAAACUUGAUUUUAUUUGCAUUAGCUAAGGCCCAACGUGAGGUUUGACAAGUUUUGAUCAUAGGUAUUAGUAAAGUGAUUUUGAUUGUAGUCUUCAUAUACUGAUCUUGCAGCAGUAUGUGCUUAAAUAUGUUUCUGAACAUGUUCUGACAUUUUUUUUUUUUUUUUUUUUUUUUUUUUUGCUAGUUAUUUUGUAUAUGUGAAGUAUGAAUGUAUUUAAGCCUCAUUGUAAUGAUAUAGAGAACACUUAGGUGGUUGUUAUGAGAAGUAUUGGUUGUGGAACAGUGUCUUAGCAGUGUCUUAACCGCCUCCUGUCUUAUGGUAUACUUACCGAGAUACAUUCGCACACCCGUUCCUCUGCAGAAUUCUUUUUUUAUUCAGGGCCUAUUUUUGUAUGGAAAGUUUGGACUUAUUCCGUUAAGUGACUUACUCUCUCUCUCUCUCUCUCUCUCAUGCAUACUGAAGUCAUUGCAUUUAAUUACAGGAAAGCUCAGCACCUGUACUAUAUAGUUUCUCGGUUCCCAUAUUAUUUCAAGUGUACUGUGUAAGAAAGACAGAAAAUCAUAGAAUUAGCAAUGUACUCAGCAUACCUCGAUCUUGGAAGUUCAAAUUCAGAUGGGUAUGUGCACACAAUAGAGCUCCUCUUGUGUGGCUAGAGUUGUAUUUGUAAAAACUUUUUCUUGUGGUCAAACACUUUCUAUUAUUUAUUUAUUUAUCUAUUUUCCUCCCAGUUUGUCUGUAACAUGUGCAAUAGACCUGAUGGUCAAGAUGAAUAUUUUAUUUCAUUGAGAGAGGAGCUCCGAUCAAAAUAAUUAUAUUCAUUGUCGUUUUUAUUACUCAUUCUUUGAUAUAUAUAUAUAUUAAAUCAGUUGUGGUCUGAACAAACCAGUUGUGCCACUUAUCAAAAUAACUGGAGGUUUGCCAUUUACUACAUUUACAGUCGACGGCAAAGUAACUUUAGAUGAUGUUUAUGGAAUUUACAAAUGUGUAAUAAUUGUUUUCCAAAAUAAAGUUUGGUCAUUUGUGUGA